GUGAAAGGGUUCCCCUUCCUGGACAAGACCAGUAGCCAAAUUGACGAGAUGCAGGUGACUGGAACUGAGAACAACAUGAAUCUCAUGAGCGCUUACAUUGGCAGCUUUGCUGCCUCGCUGCCUACAGCGAAGGAGGUGAAGGCUGCCCUGAUCACCAUGGACUUCGACUUCCGGCUGAACAAUUUUGAAGACAGCAAAAGUGGGAAAGUCAAACGGGAGGCCUGGGCGGAGCAUGAAGCUUCCCUAUUUCGAGGCUUUGCCUCGUAUGUUUGCCUGAGGAUUAAGAAGACUUCAUCAGCAAGGCCGAGGAGCCACAUGUUGAACCUGGAGACGAUGUCCGUGGCCUUGAGGGACCGAAGCUCGCUCCUAAAGGAGCCACCUGGUGACCUGUCGAGGGCGGUCCAAGACAGCUUUGAGGCUGUGGCCGCAGAGGAAGGCAAUUCCAAUGAUGAUAUCCUGGAGGACAUGAAGAUGACCGAGCAAAUGAAGACAGAUCUAGAGGAGUUGCAUCACAUUGCAGAGAAGGAGCCCGACUUUUAUGUCCUGGACUUUGAGUGUCGAAGGGGAGGAGCGCCCGACAAUUGGUUGUAUGCCCGCAGCUUUUACCUCAGCAAAGUGGAUGAGAAGCUUCUCAAGAAGUUAAAUUCGCAGUAUGGAGGUUUGACGCAGCCCGCAUCAUUGCAGGGUGGCCGGAUGAGUCUGCUGAGAAUGAUGCAUGAUCCCAAUGUCAUGUUGGAGGUUGUCGAACGCUUGGUGCUCAAAUCGGGGAGUAGGCUUUACAAGAAACUCUCCUUCAAGGACCGGGUGAAGUUGCGCUUAGACUCAACUGGAGUCACCAAGCGGUCUGUGAACCGCACCACUGGAAAAACAGUUGUGUCGGGGGCCACCAGCAAGAAAGUCGCUCCCUACAACUGGAACCAUGCGAGCUGGGAUCCGGUGAAGCAAUUCAUCAAAGCCGAGAUUGAGAGUGGCCCUGGACAGGCAGUGGUGCCGACUCCAUGCAGGGUUCGUCGCAAGCUUUCUUUCAGUCGAUUUGAUUCCCAGAAAACUUUGCCUAUGUGCCCGUCUACUGAAUCACUGGGGUCAGUUGACAAAAAAGCAAUGCGACUCAACCGUGGUACGACUGUGGACAACCUGUCCCCAAAGACACCAAAGGGCAGCCCAUCCACAAGUUCUUUGGGUUCAAGUGAUGCGACACAGCAAGCACCAGCGCAGACACAUGCCACAAGUCAGUCUAGCUCUGAGCAGACACCGUCGCCUUCCAGUAAGACUCCCAAAGGCAAAACAGCGAAAGUGAAGAAGGAAAUUAGGUCUGCAAAGAAGCCAUCUACAGCAGCCGAGAGAGUCCAGCAGCACUUGGCCAAUGCAAAAAAAGAGAGGUUGAAACGGUUGAAAGAAUUCAGCAAGCCCACCGAGGUAAGCAAGGCUCCAACCAAGACCCAGGGUCAGAAAAGCGCAGCCAAGAGCAGCAGCAAAGAUGCACCUCCCAAGAGCACCCCGAAGCGCUUGAUUCGGUUGAAGCACAUUACAGCCACCCCAUCAACAACUAAGACUAAGAAGAAGAUGAAGAAGCUUAAGGGCUUGCGCAAGAAAAAUAAGAAAGCUGAAGGUGGACAUGACAAGAAGGAUGACAGCAUUGAGGAACAUGAUGAAACCCAGGCUACUGAGGAAAAGCAUCGAAAGGCCCAUGCGAUGUACAUGAAGUAUUGGAGGUCCAUCAAAAGCAAAGAGCAGUCGUCCAUGCUGUACGAGGAUUUCUUCAAGUCUUCAUGUGACUGGCGAAAGAGUACAAUUUACCGGAGUGUCACCAACACAAUUGAGAACAAGAAGUCUGGUCGCAGAAAAUGGUUGACGCGUCAGCAGAUGAUUCCCAUCUUUGACAAUGAUGAGGCUGUGGUCGAUGGAAUCAUUCUGAGGAAAGAGUCUGACCCUGAGCUGCGUGAAACAGAAUGCAGAAAGCAUCCUGAAGUGCCGUCGAUGUUCCAAUACCUAGUGUUGGUAGAAGACUCAGAGGAGGCUUCAGAGACUGACCGAACCAUGGACAAGUUUUGCACAACAGAAAGGGACGGUGAUGACGAUGGUGAUUCAUCUAGUUCUGAUGGAAGCGAUGACGAUGAUGAGUCGACUGACUCUGAUGGUGGCUCAAAGAAGAAGAAGAAGACCACACGCAAAGACUCGAAGAAACGAAAGGCGAUCGGGGACAUCAACACCAGAGUUCGCCAAGCCAACGAAAAGAUCAAGACCAUGACAGCUUGGUCGCCCAACAUCAAGAACGCUAUGGAGAAGGAGAUCAAUGGGCUCUUGGCCCGCCUUACUCGCUUCAGGACGUCGCUGCAGGAGACCUUGGACAAUGGAUCGCAGGACACGCCAAGUGGACUUCCACCCCAAGUUGAAAAGCUGGGUUCCUACUCCACCCACAAUCCGAGUAGAGACUUUCGAAGACACUUUCAAGCACCAGUGGACUGUGGGUUGAAGAAGAACAGCGCAUGGCCGAAUGCUCUGGCCAAAAACUUUUGGUACAUUGAGAGAUCACCUCGAUACCUGCAUGGACUUCUUUUUUGGUAUUGCAUUCCGAAGAUGCAC